GGCAACAUCAAAGUGUUGUCAGCUUGACUGUCACGUUGGAAUUAUUCUCGUUAUUGGAAAUAUCGGUCAUUUUUGAAAAAUUGUAAUUAAAAAGUUUUUCAAAUAAUAAUCAAGAAUAUUGCAACAGAUUUAAAAUGUAUGAGGGAGAAGAAUACGUAGACAGCGAGUAUGAUCCAUAUGCGUAUCAUAUGAAUAAUUAUGAUUAUGAUCCCCAUGGUCCAAGUUAUGAUUUGGAAAGGCAAUAUUCUCAAACAUAUAAAAUACCAGAACCUGUUUGUAAAUUUUUAGUCCAUUUGCGUAAAGCAAUUAGUGACGGAAAUGCAUAUGAAACUCAAAAUUUAUAUGAAAACAGUAUAAGAAAAAAUGGGCCCACUGUCAAUCAACGUUUUGAAUCUUAUUACAAUUACUGUGAUCUUUUCAAUUGUAUUCUCAGUGCUGAAGGUCCCGUUCCUCUUGAGUUACCAAAUAGAUGGCUUUGGGAAAUAAUCGAUGAAUUCAUUUAUCAGUUUCAGGCAUUUGGACAUUAUCGUAGCAUGUUAGGUAAAAAAAGUCCUGAAGAAAUUGAAUUGCUCCGAUCGAAUCCAAAGGUGUGGAAUGUCCAUAGUGUAUUGAAUGUUUUACAUUCACUUGUAGAUAAAUCAAAUAUCAAUUGCCAAUUGGAAGUGUAUACAAGUGGAGGAGAUCCAGACAGUGUAGCUGGAGAAUUUGGUCGUCAUCUUUUAUAUAAAAUGCUUGGUUAUUUCAGUCUUGUUGCUUUACUUCGUCUUCAUUCAUUGUUGGGAGACUAUCAUCAAGCCAUAAAAGUUUUAGAGAAUAUUGACCUUAAUAAAAAUAGUAUGUAUUCGAGAGUUGCUGCAUGCCAGAUAACAACAUAUUAUUAUGUCGGAUUUGCUUACAUGAUGAUGCGUAGAUAUGCAGAUGCUAUCAGGACAUUUUCGAACAUUCUUCUCUACAUUCAAAGAACAAGACAAAUGUUUCAGCAACGAACUUAUCAAGUUGAUCAGGUAUAUUUUACUCAAAAUUUAUUAAUACUAAAAAGUAUGUAUUCGAGAGUUGCUGCAUGCCAGAUAACAACAUAUUAUUAUGUCGGAUUUGCUUACAUGAUGAUGCGUAGAUAUGCAGAUGCUAUCAGGACAUUUUCGAACAUUCUUCUCUACAUUCAAAGAACAAGACAAAUGUUUCAGCAACGAACUUAUCAAGUUGAUCAGGUAUUUUUUUUAAUUGUAAAAUUAAAAACAAUUUUAUAUUUUAUUAACAGACAAUUAAAGGAAUUUGAGACAUGUUUUUCAUUUGCUUGCCCCAAAUUUCUCUCACCAGUUUCUCCUACUUAUGAUGCAGAAAUACCAUCUAAUUAUCACAAGGAACCAUUUUUUCUUCAAUUGAAAGUUUUCUUGGAUGAAGUACAACAACAAAUCAUGUUGCCAAAUAUAAGAAGUUACAUGAAACUCUAUACAACUAUGCCUAUCUCAAAAUUAGCCGCAUUUUUAGCUAUGGAAGAAGAAGAAUUUCGAACACAUUUACUCUGUUUUAAGCAUAAAAUGAAAAACAUGGUUUGGACUAAAGGUACAAAUGGAUUAGAAGGAGAAUUUCAAUGUGGUUCUGAAGUUGAUUUUUUCAUAGACAAAGAUAUGGUGCACAUUGCUGACACAAAAGUUGCAAGAAGAUAUGGAGAUUUCUUUAUUAGACAAACUUUAAAAUUUGAAGAACUUUAUCACAAGAUUAAUAAUUUACAAUUAUAAAUGUACUGGUAUUAUUCAAAAUCAAAUAAUUUGGAAGAAUGGUAUACAUGUGAAAUAUCUUUCUUUUUUUCAAUAAAGAUAUAAUGUUCUAAAUA